UUUUUUCUUAUACGAUUUGCCUUAACAAGGUACCAUAAUAAUUUGUUGACAAAAAUUCAGUCAAGAGAAAUGGCGAAUAAAGACGUGAAACCGGUAUCUAUGGAUCAAGAAAUAGAACAACUCACAGGCAUGGCAAGGGAUGAGGCAAUAUUGGCACAUCAAGAUAAAAUUGAAAAAGAGAUAAAAGAGUCCACCCAACUUGUUAGUGAGAAAAUGCCACUUUCUGUUCUUGCAGAUGAAUUCAAAAGUGAUCCUGUUUACUGUCAGAAAAUAGAUGACCUUUUGACAACACACAGAUUUAUCAGGAAAACUAGAGGAGAUGGAAACUGUUUCUUUCGUGCUUUUGGAUUUGCCUACUUUGAAACUCUCCUAACAGACAAAGUGGAGCUACACAGGUUUAUUGGCAUUGCAAAGAAAAGCAAAGAGGAGCUGAUUUUAUUAGGCUUUCCUGCCUUCACAUUAGAGGACUUUCAUGACACAUUUAUGGAAGCAGUGCGGUCAAUCCAGGACAAACCAAGUCUAGAGAAUCUAGUUGAGACGUAUUGUGAUCAGGGUAUAUCAGACUACCUUGUGGUCUACUUCAGACUUCUAACCUCCGGAGAGCUGCAGAAGAGAGCAGAUUUCUAUCAGGACUUCAUUGAAGGGGGGAGGACGGUCAAAGAGUUCUGUAGCCAGGAAGUGGAACCCAUGUCCAAAGAAAGUGACCACAUCCACAUCAUCGCACUGACCAAUGCACUGGAAGUGGGCAUCAGGGUAGCUUAUCUUGACCGAGGUGAAGGGGGAAAGGUCAACUGCCAUGACUUCUACGAAGGCUGCAUACCUCAAACCACCCUCCUCUACAGACCAGGCCACUAUGAUAUACUCUACUCGUAGUCACUUGUCAAUGCUCUCUCGGCAGAGCUAGUCGUGGAACAGGAAUAAA